AUGUCUCCGCCAGCAAGUGUCACCAUCACCCAGCUCGAACCCGUCGUCUUUCUUCGAGGUCAGUCCUCUUCAGGCGAAGAUGCUCGUGGUCGACGUCGUCCCGUCAACAUCGAUGCUCCACCAUCCCAGCUUCGUGCUCUCGUCACCGUCUACCUUCCUAAACCGUCCAAGAUUAAAGAGAUCAACAUCUCACUCAAAGGCACCGCCAAGACAGAUUGGCCCGAAGGCAUCGGUCCCAACCGUGUAGAAAAUGCCGAAGAGAUGACCAUCUUUGAUCAAGCCAUUGGUAUCUACAAUGCAAAGUAUGACAAGGCUGUCGCCGCUGUCACCCGUCGUAGAAGCAACUCUGUCGGUCCAGGUAUCGGUCUUCGCCAAGAUGUAGAUUGGGACUAUGCUGCAGCCAACGCAAAUGCGACUGCAAAUGCAAACUCGGAUGCUCGACCUUCUUCCAGCAACGCAGGCCCAAGACAGGCUAGUGGCAGCAAUUCAGGCCGUAAGGAUGAUGACCGACCCAAGAGCUCUGGCAAAGAUAGUGGUAGCGGUGGAGGCAACCUGGCUCGUCAGAUCGCUGGUGCUGCUGCCAAGGCCGGCACCGCUAUGAUUCCACCGACAUUGCGUCCGGAUAUGGGUCUCAGCAAACUCAAAGAUAAUACUACUACUACUACUACUACUACUACUACUACUACUACUACUUCUUCUUCUUCUUCUUCUUCUUCCUCCUCGUCGCGCAACCGCCCUCCCCCCCAGCAAACUGGAUCAGGCACCACCUCGUUCUCGCAAUACGCAACCAGUCCUGACUCGACAUCAGCAACGUCACCUCCGGCUACAUUCAACAACCCUCGGUCUAGAGCUGCUUCCUCGGCUGGUUCCACUUCGCUCGGUACAACUCCCGCCACAUCUCUCUUUGAUGAGCGCUGGCCUCCGGCUCCAACUCAUCAGGACAUGUCUACCUGGCACGAGUACUUUGAGUCGCGCGGCUACGAACGUCCGCCGCUCUAUGCACCUCGUUCGGCACCUUGUGAAGGUUACGACAGCUGGCCCACCGAAGUUCCUGCAGAGGCUUCAUCAGCUCGAACCGAUGCUACAUCUUCUGGUGACCAGCCUGCUAGCUCGUCUGUCAACAGUGCAUCAUCCAGUGCUGCUCCAAGCGCAAGUGCCACACAAAUGGACCGCACUGCUGCCAACUCGACCGAUGUCAUGGGAUCCGUUUUAGCAAUUCGGAUGAACGGCGCUGCUCUGCCAACAGCUGGCCCUUCCUCUUCUUCUUCUUCUGCUGUUGCUCCUGCGCGGAGUAUCCUUCACACACAGCUCGCCACCACAUCCCGCCCAAAGGAACAUACUGUUCGCUUUGACCCUCAAUGGCGUGUCGACAAUGCAGCCAGCAGUAGUAGUAGCAGCAGCAACAACGGCUUCUUGCCCAAACCCAACGGUAACAAGAGCGCACCCUCAAGCCGACGAGGCUCAGUCGAACUCCAGGACAAAGACAGAGGCAGCAAGGGCAAAUCGAGCAGCAAGUCCAACACCAACAAGAAGCCUGGUCUCAAGACUCUCAUCAAUGGCCUUCUCAAAGAACCCAUCAUCACCGCCACCACUGAUAACAAAGUUCACCCCAACGAUGCCGCUGCGUCUGCUACCGACUCGAAAGAGUUCAAAAAGGGCACCUACACUUACCCCAUUUGCAUCUCUUUGCCCUCCAAUCUCCCGCCCACCUUGCACGCUGAUUUUGGGUUCAACCGUUACGUCCUUCGUGCCAAUGUCGUUCGUGCCGGUCCUCUUACCCCGAACCUCACCGCUCAGCGUGAGGUGACGCUCAUUCACGCACCGGACGAAGAUGCACUCGAGGAGACCGACUCGAUCGUUGUCGAACGCUGCUGGGAGGACUUGCUCUCCUACAUGGUUAUGUUUAGCGGCAAGAGCUUUCCUAUUGGUCAGAAGAUUCCGCUCUGGCUCAAGUUUAUGCCUUUGGGUAAAGUCAAUAUCUAUCGCAUCAUUGCAACGCUGGAAGAGCGCACAGACUACUUUGCCAAGGGAAGGAGGGUGGCUAGACACGAGGUGCCCAGGAAAUGGACGCUGAUGAAAAUUGGACAUGCUCCUGCUACCGAGCCUAUUCUGCCCAUUCUGUCGGAUAGCGCUGAUGUGUUGGAUAAAAGCCCUCUCGCUCCGCUAGCUAGAGCUGCAGCAGGGGAGGAUGAAGGCUCGAAUGUAUUGCCUUCGAUCUUGGACCCCACAGGACCAUGGGAGUUGGCUACAGAGCUGAGCAUUCCGGCUUGCAGCACGACGAGGAUCAAUUUGAGCACGAACCAUUCCAAGUCGAAUAUCGCGGUGCAUCAUCUGAUCAGGCUUUCCAUCCGAGUUGGCAGGUCUUCGCAGGGCGAUUGGGAGGUUUGGAACGACAACGUUGGAUGCUCUUCUUCCUCAACCGCGGCGGAGGCGGGGAAGAGAAAGACCCCUCAGCUAUACGACAUUAUCAUCGAAGCACCUAUCACUCUCACUCACAGUCACACCGCUGUGGAUUGGACAGCCCUGCCGAACUACUCCAGCUUACCUGCUGAGCCCGCCGACGCAGACCCGAGUGGAAGCGUGGAGAUAGAAGCUCCACUACGACCUGCUUUGCCUUCUCCUGUGAUGAUCAGUAGGACUGGCAUGGUUGGACAGACACCACUCGCGGUUGGAGGCGCCUCGACUCCCAGCCCUCUUAGAUCUCCUACAGGAACAAAUGGCGGCGGAUGUAAUCCGGCAAGUAGCUCUCCACCAACAUCACGCAACCCAACUCAACUAUCACGAAGAUGGCUCGCUCUCAGUGCAGAUUCCUCGUCGAACCCGCAGAUGAAUAGCGGCGACGCUGCUCCUCCACCACCGGCAUACCAAGCGAGUGCUCGAACAGGCGAAACAACAGUUGCUUCCACCAGCAUUAGUCAGUCUCCUUCCGAAACCAACCCUAAUCCACUCAACGGCAAUACUGUUGGGAAUUCCUGCAACCUUGGUAUGGCACACUAA